CUGCGUUUGGCUCGCGGGUACCCCCUCUUCCACUCCGUCGCCCCCGCUUGGCAAGUAAGCAGAAGCUGUGGCCGAUGCGCUUUCUUGUGCGAUGUACUGUGCGACUUUCACUGUGACCGGUGAGUGAUUUCGGUGAGCUUCUGGAUCGACCAGUUAUCCGACGAGGGACUCAAACAGCUAACCGAUGAUCAUAGACUUCCGCAACCGUUCAAUGAAAUCGGAGCCGCCUGGCAGCGGGCGCCAGCCGAGUGGUCCCGUGCCAGGGGCCUGCGACAUGUCCAAAGCUUUACGAAACGGCGACAGAAGCGAAGCAGUGCUUCGACAAGUGAGUCUCGUCGCGGCAUUCCACGACCACAUCUCGUGCGCGAAGUCCGCGGAACUUCUCGAGCCCAUGCCGUGCGAGACCGACCACUUGUACGCGCACUGUGGUGACGACGCGCCCGACGACACCGAGCAGGACAGGCUGCGGGCCAUCGUCGUGCUGCAUACCGAUUUGAUACAGCACCAGCAGGAGCUGAUCGCGGAGCGAGACAGGCAGAUCGACGAGCUGCGCGUUCAGCGAGACGAGCUGCAAGAACGGCUACGCCGCCUGCAGGCGUGCGUCGCGCAUGUCGCCUGCCAGACGGAGGAGGCGCUGCUCAACGUCGCGGCCCCGGCGCCCCUGCUGGCCGGGCUGCUGCGGCCCGUGCCGGAACCGCAGAGCAGCCCGGCGGAUCCGUCGUACGAACCCAUCGCCGAGGUCGCUCCUUGCGAGAGCGAAGAAGAGCCCGCGGAAUGCGAAGAGGAGCAACCGGCGGCCCAAGAGCAGCGCGGCCACGCGCAAGUCCCGAAGGGCGCCGAGCCCUGCGACGACCUCGAGCCCCCCGCUGGCCGACCGGCAGCCGAGCAUGCCCGCACCGAGAGCGUCCAGCAGCAGGCCGAGGCUGCGCCGCCGCCCAGGGGACCCCCUCCGGCCGCCGAGGACGAGGAGCGCGCCCAGGAGGCGCCCGCCGAGGUGCCCGCCGCCCCCGUCCAGUCUUCGUCGCAGGAGGCCGCCGCACCGCCCGAGAGUCCGGCCAGGAAAGCCGCCCGCAAGAGGUCCGCCGCUACCAGGGACGAUGCGGGCCCAGUGUUGUGGAGUGAUCGGACCUAUUCCACCUGCCUGCCCCCUCCGCCGCCGGAAGAGCCUAUCGAGGUACCAACAUGGAGGGUGAACCACAUCACCAGUUUGUACUCUAUGGAAGGAACUGAAAACCUUGAUGACGAGGUCUUCCGCAAGAGACACGCCAAACUGGAGGCUAACGAGAAGCGCAGGAAACGCUGGGAUCUACAGCUGCUGAGAGAACAGCAGCACACAGAGCGACUGAGGCGCCGGAUGGAGCGGAGCGUGGAGAGGACUCCAAGCUGCCCACCCUCGUUCUGCGGGGAUUUGAAGCACAUUGGAUACAUCGAGGUCGUGGAGAGUCUGCCAGUGGUGGCCUUUGGUCAGCCCAUACCCGAGCUGCAGCCUGCGGAGUUUUCGUUGCCUUGGGUGAAGUACUCCUCCCGCCAUGGCGAAUCUUCGACGGCAGGCGAGAGAAUGGCAGCGAAAAAGCAGCGUAAGAGCAUGCAACCAAAGGGACCGUGGCGAUAGCUGCAAGAAGCAAAAACAACGCUCCUGAACAUUCGCCACAAGGACUGCGGCGUGAGCUCUGCUCAGGACUGAGCCCCUGGGCACUGAGUGCCAGCUCCGACCGGGUGAUGGAAGACCCGUCACCGAGGCGCCACAACAGUCGCCGGUCUUGCUGCAGGACACGGUCGCCUGACCACGAAACUCUCAGCCCCGGGCCCUGCGCGCCACGAACAUCAUUGACGCGCAUGUGCGUUUCCCGCUGCCCGUGAGGAAAAAUGAAGUGGAGAGAGAGAGUGUGAACACAGUGGCAAUGCCACGCUAAAUAAAAACAGACCCACAUGCAUGGCUUGACGCGUGCCGACGCCGCUUCGUCUGGUGGGGAGGGGGGGGUGAUAAAAGACGAAAGAAAUAUCUCAGGAGACGCCAAGGUGCCAGAAAGCCCGAUCGGUUUGAUUCUGGCAUCUUGCGUUUUGUGUGUGUGGAUGUUCUGUGAUGGCAUGGUGCUCGCUGCAGUCGAGCUGCUCGAAGACGCUUCCAGCAUCUCGGUUGUGCGAGCGUGAGUGGGUAGCCAAGAUGCUGGAACGUGAUGCUUGUUCCAGCACCUUUGUUUCUCGGGAUGUUACCUGGACAGAGUGAGUGGCUCGCCCGAACCAAGAUGUUGGAAUGCUGCCACUUCCUACAUCUUGGUUCACGCGACCACGUUGCGAGUAUUUUGCAUGUGUUGCAGUGGCUACUGCCUGCUUCGAUAAAUGUGAUGCAAGGACAGCAAACCAUUAUCAGUGCUUACAGUGACCAAGAGCAGAGGCAUAGGGAUGCGAACGAAAUUCCAAGGCCUUAACUGUUGGCCAGCAUGAUAGAACUUUUGUGCAUGCUCUCCGGCAGCGCAGCAUGGUGCGCCAUGUACAUAGCGAGUGUAAUCAGUGACGCACAUUGUACUUGGAAGUGCAGAGCAGCUUGUGGUCCCUUAGUGUGCCAAUAAAUGGGAAUUCUUGC